CUGUGCAAGUAUUGUUUUCGUGCAAUGAAUAGAAUUGAUGUCACAGAGGACUAGCAUUGGGUGAAAUCCCGAGUACAGAAGUAAUGGUAGAGCAGGGACGAAGCUACAAGCGCGCAAGCUCAUCAUCAUCAUCAUCAUCAUCUUGUGUUGGCGACUUGCCACUCGAUUGACUUACAGCUCCUGGUCUGCAAUCCGAAACUCCCAUCAAUCAAUGCCUGUCCCGUUCAGAUUUCUUUUUAUAUGUACAAUGAGAGUUGGGAUGGGAGAUUGUAUUGAAUGAAUAAAUAAUGAUAAAAGGAAGUGGACAGCUGCGCUAUACUGAUGGAAGGAAAUUGUUGGGUAAGUAAAGAAAAGAAAGAGACGAAAGGAAAACAAGUUUUGGAGAAUUUCAGGGGAAGGACUCCCCAGCCUGCGAAAUCUCAGGGGAAGGACUCUCCGGCCACAUAUAAAUACCAUCUCUCCUUUCCUUCAUUAUUCUUGUGCCUUCUCCUCCUCCUUCUUCUCACUAAAUUCUCUGUCUCUCUUCCCUUUCACCGGCAGAGUCGAUCGUUUUCCCGUCGCCAUGACCAUCCUCAUCCAUCAGCCUGACGUUGUGGCGGAAGUGGAGGAGAAGAACGGUGCAGAGGAGGAAGAGUUGGUGCUAGAUGGCGGAUUUGUGGUGCCAAACAUCAACUCUUUCGGCCAGACAUUUAGAGAUUAUGAAGCUGAAGGUGACAGACAGCCAGGAGUGGAGAAUUUCUACAGGACCAAUCACAUCAACCAAACCUACGACUUCGUCAAGAGGAUGAGACAAGAGUAUGGCCAAUUGAACAGGGUCGAAAUGAGCAUAUGGGAGUGCUGCGAGCUUCUAAACGAUGUCGUCGACGAGAGCGAUCCUGACCUGGACGAGCCACAGAUCGAGCAUCUCCUCCAGACUGCCGAAGCCAUCAGGAAAGACUAUCCCGACGAGGACUGGCUCCACUUGACCGGCCUCAUUCACGAUCUUGGGAAGGUUCUGCUGCUGCCUAGCUUCGGUGAGCUACCACAGUGGGCUGUGGUGGGAGAUACAUACCCUGUUGGAUGCGCCUUCGACGAAUCCAUUGUUCAUCACAAGUAUUUUAAGGAGAAUCCUGAUUACUAUAAUCCUGAUUACAACACCGAGUACGGAGCUUACUCCCCAGGAUGUGGACUCGACAGUGUCAUGAUGUCGUGGGGACACGACGAUUACAUGUACCUUGUUGCUAAGGAGAACAAGACAACCCUUCCAUCAGCUGCUCUGUUCAUCAUCAGAUACCAUUCAUUCUAUGCAUUACAUAGAUCAGAAGCAUACAAGCACCUAAUGAAUGAACAGGAUGUUGAAGACCUCAAGUGGCUCCAAGUCUUCAAGUAUCUAAACCAUCUUUUUUUCCUCACUUCCUAAUCAUGUGUAAUUAAACAGAAUCGACAGUAACCCUUUUGGUGUUCCUGGAUUUGUAGCAAGUAUGAUCUUUACAGCAAGAGCAAAGUCCGAAUCGAUGUUGAGAAGGUCAAGCCAUACUAUCUAUCUCUCAUUGAGAAGUACUUCCCUGCAAAGCUAAAAUGGUGAACCCUACAAAACGUCGGGUUCACGGUGCGCAUCAUGCCAACAGGGAAGAGCAUUUGAGGAUCGACGGAUGCGAAUGCAGAGGAAGUUAUGUCACAAGAAGUAGCAGAACUACUAUAAUGCAGCCCUUUGUUUCAAAUAAGUAGUAGCAGUACUAUUAUAUGUCUGUGUUUUCAUGGCCUCUUUGUAGAUAAUGAGAGAAAAUAUGAGAUAAUGGUGUAGUGUACCCUAAGUUUGGCCUUUAGCUCAAUAAAAAAUAAGAACAUUUUGUCAA